AUGACGACGACGCGGGGCACCUCGGGCGCGCGCAUGACCGCGCAGGACGCGGCGGAGGCGGCGGUCGGCGCGGUCGGUUGCGGCUACGACCUCACGGGGGACCUCCGCCUGGGCCGCGCCAAGCCUGGCGGCCGGCUUGUGGACCUCGACGCCGCCCGCGCGGGCCCGUCCCCGCGGGACCUGGCGUUCCCCGGCGGUGCCGUCGUGGCGGGCGUGCCGGGCGGGGUCGUCGCCGACAAGGGCGAGCGCGCGCGGUUCCGCUCCGACGUGCUCCCCUUCGCCCAGAUGGCGGAGCAGGUGAACCGGUCGCUGUCGCUGGCGGGCAGCAAGAUCCCCUCGGGCGCCUUCAACGCCAUGUUCGACUACCGCGGGUGCUGGCACCGCGACGCCGCUGCCACGCGCAGCCUCUGCUUCGACGCCCGCCUCGUCGAGCUCUACAGCGUCGAGGCCGUGCGCGCGAACCUCGCCCUCAGGGAGGACGUCAAGAGGGACCUCCCGCCCUUCUGGGAUCCCCCCGCGCUCGCCGAGUUCAUCGACAAGUACGGGACCCACGUCAUCGUCGGGGUGAAGAUGGGAGGGAAGGACGUGGUGUGCGUGAAGCAGCUCAAGGGCUCCGACCUCACGCAGAGCGACGUGCAGGCCCGGCUGAAGAAGCUCGCCGACGACCGGCUCUCGUCCUCGUCACAGGAGGAUUCCACGGCAAGUUCCACUUCCACCGCGGGAGACGGCAGGUUGUCGCAGGGGCUAAACGGAAACUUUGGCCCUGGAUCAGCCGCCUGGCAGUCCUUCAGAUCACCCGUUGUGUCUCACAAGGAUGACAUCGUGUGCAUUCACAUCAGGAGAGGCGGCGUCGACAGCGGGCAGUGCCACAGCAAGUGGCUCUCCACCAUCACCGGCUUCCCGGACGUGAUCUCCAUGUCGUUCGUGCCCAUAACGAGCCUGCUCACUGGCGUCCGGGGCAGCGGCUUCCUCAACCACGCCGUGAACCUCUACCUCAGAUACAAACCGCCCAUAGAAGAGCUCCAGCAGUUUCUCGAGUUCCAGGUGCCACGCCACUGGGCUCCAGAGUUUGGUGAGCUCCCGCUCUGCCUCCAGCGGAGGAAGAACAGCCUGCCGUCUCUCCAGUUCACCCUCAUGGGCCCUAAACUUCACGUCAACACUGCCAAGGUCGAUUCCUCCAACCGCCCGGUGACCGGCAUCCGGCUGUUCCUGGAAGGCAAGAAGAACGACCGGCUGGGCGUCCACCUGCAGCACCUGUCGGCGACGCCCGGCGCGGUCACGGUGCUCGGCGAGGCCGCGUCGGCGGAGGACGUGGCCGUGAACGAGCGCGACUACAUCGAGCCCGUCCGGUCGCCGCUGCUCUCGCACAUCUGCACGGCCCCCGUGCAGUACAACGGCGCGCGGAUCGACGACUGCGCCGCCAUCGUCACCAGCGCGUGGCUCGAGGUGCGGGACGCCUGCUGCCUCAAGAAGGUGCUCUUCCUGCGCCUCGGCUUCUCCGGCGUCGCGGCCAUGAAGAUCCGCCGGUCCGAGUGGGACGGACCUUUCGUCGUGCCGCGAAAGUCCGGGUCGCUGUCGGCAAGGCUCAGCGCCGCGCUGUCCGGGGGGCUGGCGCCGGUGCCGGUGCCGCCAGCGGAGGAGAAGGUGGAGGUGAACUCCGCCAUUUUCCCCAAGGGCCCGCCGGUGCCGCUCCCGGUUCAGAAGAUGGCCAGGCACAUUGACACCACCGAGGUGAGCAGGGGACCCGACGACCUGCCGGGCUACUGGGUGGUCACCGGCGCUAAGCUGUGCAUGGAAGGCGGCAAGGUUGCGCUCAAGGUCAAGUACUCGUUGCUCAUCGCAGUGCAAGAGGACACUGACGGACGCUGA